AUAAAAAAGGCUUUCACGUCCCAACAAUCCCAAAUUCAUAUCAAUCCAUCCCAGAACCUCCCUCUUUCUCCUGGAUAUUUUCCCAAACUUUGACGGAAAAUUCUCUACAACUUUCCCUACAUCCAAACACAAUUUCCCUGUUUGCCAUACCCUAAUCCCCCUGAGUUCUGCUAUUCCGGCGAAAUUUUCGAUGUCAACCUCGGGUACGCCCCAGUUCAGAUACACCCAGACCCCGUCGAAAGUCCUCCAUCUCCGAAAUCUUCCGUGGGAGUGCACCGAAGAGGAACUCAUCGAGCUCUGCAAGCCUUUUGGUAAGAUUGUCAAUACCAAGUGUAAUGUCGGCGCCAAUCGCAACCAGGCUUUCGUUGAAUUUGCAGACUUAAAUCAGGCCAUUUCCAUGGUUUCUUAUUAUGCUUCAUCUUCGGAGCCUGCACAAGUUCGAGGGAAAACUGUAUAUAUCCAGUACUCAAAUAGACAUGAAAUUGUCAACAACAAAAGUCCUGGAGAUGUUCCCGGAAAUGUCCUGUUGGUAACCAUUGAAGGUGUAGAAGCCGGGGACGUGAGCAUUGAUGUUAUUCACUUGGUGUUUUCUGCAUUUGGAUUUGUGCACAAGAUUGCCACUUUUGAAAAGGCUGCAGGUUUUCAGGCAUUGAUUCAGUUCAGUGACGCGGAGACUGCAUCUUCAGCAAGGAAUGCCUUGGAUGGAAGGAGCAUACCCAGGUAUCUCCUUCCAGAGCAUGUUGGUUCAUGCCACUUACGCAUUUCAUAUUCUGCCCACACUGAUCUAAAUAUAAAAUUUCAGUCUCAUCGUAGCAGAGAUUAUACAAAUCCGUACCUUCCUGUGAAUCCUACUGCGAUUGAGGGUAUUUCUCAGCCUGCUGUAGGUCCUGAUGGAAAAAAGAAAGAGCCAGAGAGUAAUGUGCUUCUUGCAUCAAUAGAGAACAUGCAGUAUGCUGUUACUGUUGAUGUUAUUCACACAGUGUUUUCUGCAUUUGGUACAGUCCAGAAAAUUGCAAUAUUUGAAAAGAAUGGUCAAACUCAGGCAUUGGUCCAGUACCCUGAUAUCAGUACCGCAGCAGUUGCCAGAGAAGCUUUAGAAGGACAUUGCAUAUAUGAUGGUGGCUAUUGUAAGCUUCAUCUAUCAUACUCUCGUCAUACUGAUCUCAAUGUAAAGGCUUACAGUGACAAGAGUAGAGAUUAUACGAUUCCAGAUGCUAGUCUACUUGCAGCGCAACAACCUCCUGGUGCCACCGCCGCACCACCACAGUGGCAGAAUCCUCAGUACCCUGGCAACGAGUAUGGUGGUGCCGUACAAGGUCACAUCCCUCUGGGUCAAGGACCAUGGGAUCCAUCUAUGCAGGCUGGAAGAUCAACUUAUGUCUCUGCUCCUGGCACUUUUCCUGGCCAGAAUUUUGCAACAUCGUCAGUUCCCUCAUAUGCAGCAGCAGCAGUGCCUUCUGGUUCGUCUCCUCAUGCCUCUACAAGACCGUCUCAGCCUGGAGCUCCACCUAACCUGCGACAUGAUGGUGCUUCGCCUCCUGGGGUGAGACCUGGAGGCAUUUCACCUUCUGGUCAACCUGCUUACUAUGGCCAAUAGGUUGUAUCUUCUUUUCUUUCAACUAAAAUGCAUAUUACCAUAGUUUCUCUAUCCAUUUCCUUGUCUGAUUUAUUUUUAUUUUUUUCCUUCUUCAUUGGCCUUUUUUUCCUUUUGGUUUCCUUGCUAUUUUUGCUCCCGAGAAUGUGUCUUGGAAAGAAUUCACACCACAAAUUAAAUUGCAGUGUCUGAAACUCGAAUGUCUUUCCUGCUCAGCCUGGAAACUGUGAUUCUGGCUAUUAAAUUUUCAACAUGACAUGAUUAUGAUCCUAGAGUUUUCUGUUCACACUGAAAAGAGAAAAAGGUUUUUGUUUUUUGGUCAAAAAAAUAUUAUAAUCAAUUCCUUUACCUAAUGGAUUGCUACUUGGAAUGGAAAGUUUUUUAUUUGUUUUUAGGCCAAA